AUGGCCUCUGUUGUGGCCUCUGUUGUGACUGUGAAGACCGAGAAGCGACCUGCUCAUGCUGAUACUCAGGAUGUUGACUCCAACACCAAAAAACCCAGGUAUCAAAAACUAAUAUGAGUAGCCUACAUUUAGUACUCUGUUCCUGUUUAUAUGCCAAUGCAUUAUUAAUAUUAGACUGGUCAGGAACUUUAUCUCUUAGUUUCUGUUCCUAAACCCAUUCUUUACCUUUUCAGCCUAGGUUUGAGUUCAAACAGCAGCCAAGUAAACUUGCCAUGAUUUGUUUAACCUUCAUGUUGUUUAAGGAUUUGGGAACCAUCAAUGGAACCAUCACUCAAUCUCUGCCUGCCCCAAAGGAAACUGCUGCCCAGCCUGAAGACCAAGCGGGCCCCCGAGCUGGUCCUAGUUAUUGGUACAGGGGUGAGUUCAGCUGUGGCCCCUCAGGUCCCUGCGUUGCGCUCCUGGAAGGGUUUGAUCCAGGCCUUGUUGGACGCGGCCAACGACUUUGACCUCCUAGAGGAAGAGGAGAGUAGGCGUUUUCAGAAGAGCCUGCAGGAGGACAAGAACCUAGUCCACGUGGCUCAUGACCUCAUCCAGAAGCUCUCGCCGGUAAGGCUUCCCCUCCCCCAAUCCUGUGCACACACAGACAGACAGACAGACAGCCAGACAGACAGCCAGACAUGGACAGCACACUGUCUCCAGCUGGUUGAGACACGCCAGUGACUUGAAUUGUACAUUUUCCUUUAUUGGGAUUUGUAAUCCUACUGGGAAUGACAGAGGCAAGGAGUCAGCAUAGUUCUAUGUUUUAUCUAAAUUCUAAAACAUUUGAUUCAGGUUUCUGUAUAAAAGGUGAUGCCCUAACCAAAGUACAGCACUGAUGGAUUACUACAACACGUCAUCAUUCAAUGCCUUGUUUUCAAAGCCACUGACAAGUUGGCUCAACCAGUUCUGGCACUCAGGCUAAUUUUAAACAGGACUUUUAAGGCCUGUUAUUUGAUUCGCUUGAUGAAGAAAUCCCCCCCCAGUGAAUAACCUCCCAGGCCCGUUGCUGUUGGCUAUGGAUUUGGGGGCUUUAACAUUUUAAUGGGACUGCCUUAAAAAAAAAAAUGUAAUCACGCAGUAAUGUGAAUCCGGGAACACCGGUCCCAGCCAAGGUUUCCAUUUAGCCUCGGAAUAACAAAGAGCCCCACCAGACUAAAUAGCUCACAAUAGGAGACAUAAUUAUCAGGUGAUUACACAGCCAUGGACCCUGUGGCAAAUAUUUUUCUGUUCUUAGGCCUGUGGCGCACCAAUGCUUGCUAUCUGCACAUGUUCAGCAUCUUAUCAGUACGGGGCAUGCAACUUUAGCGGAUCAUGAAACUAUUGAAUAGCAAAUUUUGUAGAACCUAAUAUGCUGAAAGCGUAAAGAGAAGGAAACACAUUGAAAAGAGGACUCUUGUAGCUUGAGGACUGUCGUAGAGUGUAGAAGGAGAAAUGUGUUAUUGCUUCUCCUUGUUUAAUCUUUGGUCACAUUGUUGCCCACCAGGCACAGACGUCAAUUCAACGUAAUUUCAUUCAACCAGUGGGUGCUUUUUCACAGAACAGCUGAAGAGAACCAAGGCUUCUGCGAGAAGGGAGUGUCCCUUGUCUCAAGAAGGGAUCAAAUACCGGGUGGGACACAGCAGUUUAACCCAAUAGUAUUGGUGCUAUAACAAGAGCAAUCCAAACAAUCUAUAUAACUGUGGAUUAGGGCUGUGUUUUGGCACGUAAUGUCGGUUAAUGAGCCUAAUCUGAAGGUUACUCAGCGUGUUUGUGACCUAAAUCCUUUCAUGCUGUCGUUGAAUGACCUAGGCAAAAUGCUAAAGGCAAUUAUAUUACAACUUUCCCUGUUUAGGAUUAGAUUUGUUGAAAACAACUAAACUUUAGUGUCAAAUCCUAGGCUAUAUCAAUCUCAGGAUCAGAGCAUGGUACUACUUUUACAGUAUUUGGUAAUUACAUAAGUCCUCAAACAAAAGGAGAAUGCGUUCAGUGCUGAAGUCAACAGCAGGGUGAGUGGGGAGCUAGAUGCUUGCUCUUGGUGAUAAUGACUUCCUUCCUGUGAAAAGGGAUCCUGUUAGUUAAUGAGCCCACUAGAUCUCUAAUCUCUGGACAGUCCAGCAGUCAGCCAGGCAGCUCGCUUGUGCUGUGUGUGCUAAGCUCACCUCGACAGUGCUAUUCAUAGCGGGCCAGCCCUUCUCCUUUGUUUUCCUACAGCCACUGCCAGGUAGAGUGUGCGUUCUGCGUAGCUCUGAGUAAUGAGAUUUAUCCAUUAGACGGCCAUAAUCUCAUGGCUACUCAAACAGCCUGCCCUCCAACUCUCUGCUCCAUAGCCAUUAGGCUCACCGUGUACAGCAACUGUUUACAUGCCACUGCUACUGAUAAAAAAUAAAUAAAUCACCUUUCAUUUACAUGACUAUAACAACCAGUCAUAAACACUUUAUUGUACCUUUAAAAAACAGAAAAUACUUUUAUAAAAUGUCUCCCUCUAGUAGUUAAUUACCAGCAGUAUAAUCUGUAUAAACAAUACACACCCACUAACCCCUAUUCAUUGUGCUCCUGCCCUAUCAUUGCAGAGAACAGGCAAUGUGCGGUCCACCUUCUUCAAGGACUGUUUGUACGAGGUGUUUGACGAUCUGGAGUGUAAGAUGGAGAACGCGGGGAAGCACCUUCUCCGAUCCGUACUACAGCUGAUGGAGAGCGGAGCGCUGGUCCUCACCACCAACUUUGACAACCUGCUGGAGAUCUACGCAGCCCACCAGGGAUCGAAGCUGGAGUCUCUGGACCUCACCGACGAGAAGAAGGUAACAACAAAUCCUUUUCCCUUUAGAAAGAUCUCUGUAGUCAUGGCCUUGUGUGCUCAUUAGGGCCAAAUUCUAAAUUGUGUGUGCAUAACUGACUUUCACUGAAAUAACAGUUUAUGGAUGGAUGCCAAUUCGGGAUUUGCCGGAAAAUACACUAUGACCAAAGGUAUGUGGACACCUGCUCGUCGAACAUCUCAUUGCAAAAUCAUGGGCAUUGAUAUGGAGUUGGUCCCCCCCUUUGCUGCUAUAACAGCCUCCACUCUUCUGAGAAGGCUUUCCACUAUGUUGGAACAUUGCUGCGGGGACUUACUUCCAUUCAGCCACGAGCAUUACUGAGGUCGGCACUGAUGUUGGCUGAUUAGGCCUGGCUCGUAGUCUGCUUUCAAAUUCAUCCCAAAGGUGUUCGAAGGGGUUGAGGUCUGGGCUCUGUGCAGGCCAGACAUGUUCUUCCACACCGAUCUCGACAAACCAUUUCUGUAUGGACCUCACUUUGUGCACGGGUGCAUUGUCAUGCUGAAACAGGAAAGGGCCUUCCCCAAACUGUUGCCACAAAGUUGGAAGCACAGAAUCGUCUAGUAUGUAAUUGUAUACUGUAGCGUUAAGAUUUCCCUUCACUGGAACUAAGGGUCCUAGCCCGAACCAUGGAAAAACAGCCCCAGACCAUUAUUCCCCCUCCACCAAACUUUACAGUUGGCACUAUGCAUUGGGGCAGGUAGCGUUCUCCUGGCAUCCGCCAAACCCAGAUUCGUCCGUCGGACAUCCAAAUGGUGAAGCGUGAUUAAUCACUCCAGAGAACGCAUUUCCACUGCUCCAGAGUCCAAUGGCGGCGAGCUUUACACCACUCCAGCCAACGCUUCGUAUUGCGCAUGGUGAUCUUAGGCUUUUGUGCGGCUGCUCGGCCAUGGAAACCUAUUUCAUGAAGCUCCAGACUAACAGUUCUUGUGCUGACGUUGCUUCCAGAGGCAGUUUUUUAAAAUUUAAUUUUAUUUCACCUUUAUUUAACCAGGUAAGCCAGUUGAGAACAAGUUCUCAUUUACAACUGCGACCUGGCCAAGAUAAAGCAAAGCAGUGCGGAAAAAACAACACAGAGUUACAUAUGGAAUAAACAAAAUGUACAGUCAAUAACACAAUAGAACAUCUACAGUGAGGGAAAAAAGUAUUUGAUCCCCUGCUGAUUUUGUACGUUUGCCCACUGACAAAGACAUGAUCAGUCUAUAAUUUUAAUGGUAGGUUUAUUUGAACAGUGAGAGACAGAAUAACAACAAAAAAAUCCAGAAAAACCCAUGUCAAAAAUGUUAUAAAUUGAUUUGCAUUUUAAUGAGGGAAAUAAGUAUUUGACCCCUCUGCAAAACAUGACUUAGUACUUGGUGGCAAAACCCUUGUUGGCAAUCACAGAGGUCAGACGUUUCUUGUAGUUGGCCACCAGGUUUGCACACAUCUCAGGAGGGAUUUUGUUCCACUCCUCUUUGCAGAUCUUCUCCAAGUCAUUAAGGUUUCGAGGCUGACGUUUGGCACCUCAAACCUUCAGCUCCCUCCACAGGUUUUCUAUGAGACUGGCUAGGCCACUCCAGGACCUUAAUGUGCUUCUUCUUGAGCCACUCCUUUGUUGCCUUGUCCGUGUGUUUUGGGUCAUUGUUAUGCUGGAAUACCCAUCCACAACCCAUUUUCAAUGCCCUGGCUGAGGGAAGGAGGUUCUCACCCAAGAUUUGACGGUACAUGGCCCCGUCCAUCGUCCCUUUGAUGCGGUGAAGUUGUCCUGUCCCCUUAGCAGAAAAACACCCCCAAAGCAUAAUGUUUCCACCUCCAUGUUUGACGGUGGGGAUGGUGUUCUUGGGGUCAUAGGCAGCAUUCGGCAGGCGGGUGCAAGCAGCGUUCGAUUGAAGAGCAUGCAUUUAGUUUUACUAGCGUUUAAGAGCAGUUGGAGGCCACGGAAGGAGUGUUGUAUGGCAUUGAAGCUCGUUUGGAGGUUCGUUAACACAGUGUCCAAUGAAGGGCCAGAUGUAUACAAAAUGGUGUCGUCUGCGUAGAGGUGGAUCUGAGAGUCACCAGCAGCAAGGGCGACAUCAUUGAUAUACACAGAGAAUAGUCUGCCCAAGAAUUGAACCCUGUGGCACCCCCAUAGAGACUGCCAGAGGUCCAGACAACAGGCCCUCCGAUUUGACACAUUGAACUCUAUCUGAGAAGUAGUUGGUGAACCAGGCGAGGCAGUCAUUUGAGAAACCAAGGCUAUUUAGUCUGCCAAUAAGAAUGCGGUGAUUGACAGAGUCAAAAGCCUUGGCCAGGUCAAUGAAGACGGCUGCACAGUACUGUCUUUUAUCAAUCACGUGUUAUUAUAUCGUUUAGGACCUUGAGCGUGGCUGAGGUACACCCAUGACCAGCUCGAAAACCAGAUUGCAUAGCGGAGAAGGUACAGUGGGAUUCUAAAUGGUUGGUGAUCUGAUUGUUAACUUGGCUUUCAAAUACUUUCGAAACGCAGGGCAGGUUGGAUAUAGAUCUGUAACAGCUUGGAUCUAGAGUGUCACCCCCUUUGAAGAGGGGGAUGACCGCGGCAGCUUUCCAAUCUCUGGGGAUCUCAGACUAUACGAAAAAGAGGUUGAACAGGCUGGUGAUAGGGGUUGCGACAAUUUCUAACCCAGCUGAUUUGUAGGGGUCCCGAAUUUUGCAGCUCUUUCAUGACAUCAGCUGUCUUCUGAAUUUGGGUGAAGGAGAAGCGGGGGGGGGGCAUGGGCAAGUUGCAGCGGAGGAUGCAGAGCUGGUGGCUGGGGUAGGGGUAGCCAGGUGGAAAGCAUGGCCAGCCGUAGCAAAAUGCUUGUUGAAAUUUUCGAUUAUCGUAGAUUUAUCGGUAAUGACAGUGUUUCCUAGCCUCAGUGCCGUGGGCAGCUGGGAGGAGGUGCUCUUAUUCUCCAUGGACUUUACAGUGUCCCAAAACUUUUUGGAGUUAGUGCUACAUGAUGCAAAUUUCUGUUUAAAAAAGCUAGCCUUUGCUUUCCAAAUGGAUUGUGUAUAUUGGUUCCUGACUUCCCUGAAAAGUUGCGUAUCGCGGGGGCUGUUCGAUGCUAAUGCCGUAUGCCACAGGAUGUUUUUGUGCUGGUCAAUGUCAGUCAAGUCUGGGGUGAACCAGGGGCUAUAUCUGUUCUUAGUUCUGAAUUUUUUGAAUGGGGCAUGCUUAUUUAAGAUGGAGAGGAAAGCACUUUUAAAGAACAACCAGGCAUCCUCUACUGACGGAAUGAGGUCAAUAUCCAUCCAGGAUACCCAGGCCAGGUCAAUUAGAAAGGCCUGCUCGCUGAAGUGGGGGGCCAGUAGAAAAAUGUAUGCACUCACUAACUGUAUGUCGCUCUGGAUAAGAGCAUCUGCUAAAUGACUAAAAUGUAAAAAAGGUGUUUUAGGGAGCAUUUGACAGUGAUGAGGGGUGGUCGUAUGACCGCGGACGCAGGCAAUGAGGCAGUGAUCGCUGAGAUCCUGGUUGAAGACAGCAGAGGUGUAUUUAGAGGGUAAAUUAGUCAGGAUGAUAUCUAUGAGGGUGCCCAUGUUAAUGGAUUUAGGGUUGUACCUGGUAGGUUCCUUGAUAAUUUGUGUGAGAUUGAGGGCAUCUAGUUUAGAUUGUAGGACGGCCGGGGUGUCCCAGUUUAGGUCACCAAGCAAUACGAACUCUGAGGAUAGAUGGGGGGGCAAUCAAUUCACAUAUGGUGUUCAGGGCACGGCUGGGGGCUGAGGGGGGUCUGUAGCAAGCGACAACAGUGAGAGAGAGGUGGAUAUUUAGAAGAAGAAGCUCAAACUGUUUGGGCACAGACCUGGAUAGUACGAUAGAGCUCUGCAGGCUAUCUCUACAGUAGAUUGCAACUCCGCACCCUUUGGCAGUUCUAUCUAGACGGAAAAUGUUGUAGUUGGGAAUGGACAUUUCAGAAUCUUUGGUGGCCUUCCUAAGCCAGGAUUCAGACACUGCUAGAACAUCAGGGUUGGCUGAGUGUGCUAACGCAGUGAAUAACUCCAGUUUGGAACUCUGUAGUGAGUGUUGCAACCGAGGACAGACGAUUUUUACACGCUUCAGCACUCGGCGGUCCCGUUCUGUAAGCUUGUGUGGCCUACCACUUAGCGGCUGAGCCGUUGUUGCCCCUAGAUGUUUCCACUUCACAAUAACAGCACGAACAGUUGAACGGGCAGCUCUAGCAGGGCAGAAAUUUGACAAACUGACUUGUUGGAAAGGUGGCAUCCUAUGACAGUGUCACAUUGAAAGUCACUAAGCUCUUUAGUACGGGCCAUUCUACUGCCAAUGUUUGUCUAUGGAGAUUGCAUGGCUGUGUGCUCGAUUUUAUACACCUGUCAGCAAUGGGUGUGGCUGAAAUAGCAAAUUCUCUAAUUUGAAGGGGUGUCCAUAUACUUUUGGUCAUGUAGUGUAUUAGUUAGGUAAUGCAGAUCUAGGCUCUGUUGCAGAAGCUACACUAGCAUACCACUUCACUAUGAAGCAUGAACGUUUAAAUGAAAUUGGGAUUAUCGUUUAGAAAAUAUCAGUGGAGUUAUCACAAAACUACCACAAACAGGUCCCAAUCAUCAUUUAUUUUUAUUUUUUUUAAAUACCUAACACAACAAUGCUGUAAUGUUCGUAGGAGAUGUGUAUCUUUGAAAUUAUUUGCCACAGAUAUAAAGCACUCCGCACGUCAUAGUCAUUAACUGUUGGAAAAAUGGCAGAGUGAGACAGGAACGCAACAACCGUGAAGUCAUGUAUGGCAAUACUUUGAGAAGAGAAGUGAAAUGAGAAGGUGGUGAAAUGCAAACUUUGCGAGGUGGAAUUGAGCUACAGUGGCAGUACAGGUGCAAUGCUUAACCAUUUGAACCGUUGCUGGCAGUAGCGCAGGACCCCAACAACAGACAUUAGACAGGCUCUUCACGCCAAAGAAGUGCAAUAAGGGACAGAGUGAGAAAAAGAGAGCCCUGAUUACAGAAAUGAUUGCAGUUGAUAUGCAGCCAUUGUCAAUGGUAGAGGAUGUCCGCUUCAAUGCCCUGAUGGCAUAUCGAGAACCAGACAGCCUGGAUGGAGAAAUUGUACAAUGAUUGCUCUGCAAGUAUGAAGUGUGAGCUCUCAGACACCCCAUAAGUGGCAUUAACAACAGAUUGUUGGACGUCUAUGAACACGCUGUCAUACAUCACUGCAAUGAGCCAUCACAUUGAUGAGCAGUGGGACAUUAUGUCACAUGUGCUGACCACUGAGAACAUGGAGGAGAGGCACACAGCAGAGAACCUAAAAAUGACAUUAACUACCAUUUGUUGCUUAGUGGGUUGGGCACAGCAGUAACGUGAGCGCCGUCUGGUAGCCAAUGGUAGAUGGAACCGCAUUGGACCAGAUCUGCAUUGUAAUUCACAUGUCAUUUUAAUGAUUUUUUUCCAGAAUGUUUUAAAGGAUAAAAACAAUUGCAGUUUAAACGUUAAAUGUUUUACAUUUGUCAUAUCUAUGGAAGCAAUAUAUUGGGCAUGUAUUCUAAGUGGUAUGCAAGUGUGGACAUUGGAACAUAGGCUUUGGCCCCAUGUGACCUUAAGAUGCCAUCAGAGCUGUUAGGGGAAGUUGUCUAUGAAAGACUGAGGGCAUGACAGUUUAACUAUACUACUAUCACAGGUUUAGGCUCACAGCACAGGGAAUGCUCUUACACAUAAAACAUUGUUUAAGGCUUAUUGAAGGUGAAUUCAAAGGAAAGUAUUUGAUUCAAAGCCCAACAUAUGUCUUUAAACUAGACAAAAUGGUCAAUGCAUUGACCUGUGAAGGUAUUUUGUCUCUGACAGAAGUAGGAUGUAGUUAGCAUAUGGUGAGUUCAAAGUUCAUCCAACUGUUCUUAACAUUUAUGGAUUAAUCAAUAAUGGUAUUUGAUCAGAAAUAGGAACUAACAUGACAAAUAGAUUUUUCCUUAAGCAGAACUUAUGAACACUAUCCCUUACCUUAGCAGGGACCCAACAUGGAUUGUUAUUUAUGUAGAUGCAUUAAAAUAAUUGACUAUCUUUUUAAAUGAUUCACAUGUAUCUAUGUAUUAAGCCUGCGAUAUUGACCUUCAGGUGCGGUAUUUAUGCAGUCUCCAUCAGGACUAAGAUCCCUGUCUGACAUUAGCGGUGUUACUCCCUACCCAGUGAGAACAGGAUUUGGUGUGAUGGACUGUGAAAUGUGUGUGUGUGUGUGUAGGUCCUGGAGUGGGCUCAGGGGAAGAGAAGUCUGAGUGUUUUGCACAUUCACGGUGUUUACACGAAUCCCAGCGGUAUUGUACUGCACCCUGCUGGCUACCAGAAUGUACUGAGGAACACUGAGGUCAUGGUGAGCAUUGAGACGGGCAGCCUUUCUAAAUGAUUCCCUGGAAAUGUUUCAGCACUUAGCAGUAAAACAUUUUUCAACCAAUUUAAGACCCAUCGCAUUGUGUUAAAUUGUAGAAAAGUCAAUUCUGUCAGUGUCUUAAUGCAAACUGAACUCCAUUGGUUUGACAGAGGGAGAUCCAGAAACUGUAUGAGACCAAGUCGUUUGUGUUCCUGGGCUGUGGGCGCACGGUGGACGACACCACCUUCCAGGCUCUGUUCCUGGAGGCGGUCAAACACAAGUCGGACCUGGAGCACUUCAUGCUGGUGCGGCGCGAGGACGUGGGAGAGUUCAAGAAGCUGCGGGACAACAUGCUGGACAAGGGUAUCAAGGUAAUCUCCUACGGCAACGAGUAUUCCGACCUGCCCGAGUACUUUGAACGGCUGGCCAACGAGAUCUGCAACCGCGACGCUGUCACUAACGGCUGGGGUAAGGAAGCCAGUUUCAGUUAAAUUACUCUCUCACUGUAUGUUUAGUAAUCAUACUGUAUCCAUUUCCUACAAUAGAUCACUUAUUAUUUGGUGGUAUGUUUGUGUAAAUCAUAAAACUAUCUAUUUAGGGCUCUUAUGUUACGGUGAUGCUACUGUGGAUUUCUAUUUUAGUGAGCCGAGUUACAUUUGCCUGUGUUUAAACAUGAGGUGCUCCUUUGUUUGCUCUCACUAUUAUUUAUUGUUAAUCUGUUGAUUUCAUUGAUUUUCAUAGGAUCUCCCUCCCAAGAAGAACAGGAAACCCAGAAUGGCUUUCAUUCACAGAAAAGCCUCCUUCAAGGUUAG